AACGGCAACAUAUAUACAUUUCAAGCCUACACACGUUAAAGAGAACCCUUUACUAAUUACUAUACAGCAUGGCUAGUUUGCUCUUGUUCACAUUCCUCCAAUUAUUUCAUCUUUUUAUGUUCAUGAGCUCUACAUUCUUCUUUGCAACAGACGCUCGGCCAUUCAACAUUUUGAAGUUGGGUAGCUUUGCCAGUCCAUCCUGUGAGGGCUUCACAGAUGGACUAUUUCCGGUUGGAGCCAUCAAGAGUUCAGGCCCUAGCCCUGGUGAAGGCAACAAAUUUGAAAAUGGUCACGCUCUUGGAGGGAUUAAGAACUCCGGUCCUAGUCCUGGAGGUGGCCACAAGUUCGCCAACCCUCAUACUCUUGGUCUUGGCAGCAUUAAGAACUCAGGUCCCAGCCCUGGCACUGGUCACGAGUUCAUCCUUGGAAAUAUCAAGGACUCCGGCCCAAGCCCUGGUGAAGGUCACAGCUUCACCAAUGCACAAACACUAGGAACAAUUAAGGUAUCUGGUCCUAGCCCUGGCGUAGGUCACAGUUUCACCAACUCUCAAACCCUUGGAAGCAUCAAGGACUCCGGUCCAAGUCCUGGUGCAGGUCACAGCUUCACCAAUGCUCAAAUUCUUGGAGGAAUUAAAGAUUCUCGUCCAAGCCCUGGUGCAGGUCACAGUGUCAGCGAUGCUCAAACUCUUGGAGGAAUUAAGGAUUCUGGCCCAAGCCCUGGUGCAGGUCACAGCUUCAGCGAUGCUCAAACUCUUGGAGGAGUUAAGGAUUCUGGUCCAAGCCCUGGUAUUGGACAUUAGCGGUGCAAAUGCGUAGAAUCUUGAAGGAAUUAAUUAGGACUCUCGUCCCAAUCCUGUUUCACAAAAUUUGUGAUUAUUCAUUCAUUAUUUGUUGUUAUUUGUAGUGGAAAGCUUCAGUACUAUAAUCCUCUUCGGUUCGAAUCUUGUAAUGAUGUAGCAUCAAGUUUAUUAGUUUUAAGUU